GGAGGGAGUGGUUGUUCCAGUGCCGCCUCGGCCUCCACCAACUUCCUGGGGGUUCGCAAACCGAGUUUGACCUUGAACUCAUCGGAUAUUAGGAACAACAACGAUCUAUUUGCCUUUCCCAAGGACAUGUCGCCCGUUUUGAGUGAACAUUCCCACUCACCCAUGUUUACGGAUAUAUCAUCAUCGCAUAGUAAUGGAUCUCCAACGCAUUACCACCAAAUUGGCAGAUUGUUCAGCUUAAGUCCUUCAAGCAUCAGGAGUUAUGGAAAUAUGACAGACUUCUCGGAUAGUUCACCCAGCGGAGUGCUGAGUCCGGCCUCAUCGUUAAUCGAGAGUUUCCACAAGAAGAAUGGAUCGCCACAGCCCAUUGGGGGUGGUGGAAACAACACCAACACGACCACAGUUAUGCCAACGACGACCUUGAAUGGUUCUGCAAUGGCUGUGGGUGGUGGUGGUGGAUGCGGAGGUGGUGUGGUGGCCACAACCACAGCAAAUGGCAGGCAAAUCAACACCAGCUCCAGUUCAUGCAGUAGUCUUAAGGAAACCUCACAUCAGUCCACAUCCACAUCACAGCAGGUCGUCAACAGCAGCAGUAGCAGUACCACGACCCGGGUGGAAAAGAAGUCACAGCGCCUGCAUCAUCACAUAACCUCAUCGUCCUCCUCCUCAUCGUCGUCCUCCUCCAGCUCCUCCACCACACAGGCCCUGUCCACGUCGGCGGAGAUGAAAGCGGCGGCGGUCAAGCGAGAUCUCACAAAUAUCCAAAAGUCCAUGUCGGAAAUCAACGAUCUGGCCAUCGAACGAAUUGCAGGUGGAGCAGGAUCGGGAUCAGGAUCCACAAAUACCACAUCCUCACCAUCAGCGCUAACGGCACAUCCCAGCACAAUGGCCCAGACGACGACAAGUCGGCUAACACCUAAACUCACAUCCGCCCAUCCGUCGAUUGACGAUCUCAGGGGUCUCAGCAACCAGGACAAGAUCACCCAACUGGCAAAGAAGCUUCGGGCAUCGUUUGAAAAUCUGGACGAUGAUGACAGCAAUGUGAUUGUGACCCUGCCCGACGACGACGACUGCCCGCAUAAUCAUUUUGGCAGCGGCCUUGACCUCACCCAUCCAACCGCCGCCCAGCUGAGUGCCAGCGGGUUGAGCGGUUCCAGCAAGACGAUCGAUACGAUCAAGUUCCAGGAGAAGCGCAUGAAGACCGAGUCCAAGACCAAAGUGGUCACCGAUGGCUUCAGCUCCGAGCAGGCCACCAGCAAUUCGGCGGAGAUGAAGCGCCUCCAGGCCGGAGAUAUAGACUACAAGGAGAGCAAGGGCUCGGCAGCGAUGCGGAAUCGAUUGGAGGUUGAUGGCGUUAAGACGGAAGAGAAUGCAGCCAUUAUUAAGGAAGCACUCUCGCUGCGCACCGGCGACAUCACACAGCAGGCGAGCAACAAUGUGGCCGCCACCAGUAUUACGGUGCAGAGCGACAACUUCUCCGCGGACAAGAAGGCAAUCUCACAGUCCCAGCAGUCGCAGACGAUGACCUCCAAUGGUAUCAUCAGCCAGGAGAAGCAUGUGUCCUCUGCCUCGCAGGCCAACUACUCGAUGACGCACAAGGGCGUCUCCAGUUCCGGCAGCAGCAUGAUCACCAGCUCCUCCCAAAUGUCCGCAAUGAACGGCCAAAUGGUGAAGCUCACCGAUCUCAAGUUGGACGACCUCAAGUCCCUGACAGCGGGAAGCGGUCAGCAGGAGAUCGAGCAGACGAUCAAUAAGUAUUCGAACAUGCUGACCUCGAUAGUGAGCUCCUUGCAGGAGGAUGAGCGGGGCGGUGGCGGUGGGAGUGCAGUGGCUCACUCCUCGGUCGGUGGCAAGGAGAAGUCCCAGUACCUAGAGAAGAUUAACGAGGUGAUACGACGAGCUUGGGCGGUGCCCACACAUGGCCACGAGCUGGGCUACUCGCUGUGCAAUUCCCUGCGCCAGAGCGGCGGCCUCGAUCUGCUGAUGAAGAACUGCGUCAAGCCCGAUCUGCAGUUCUCCUCCGCCCAACUCCUGGAGCAGUGCCUCACGACCGAGAAUCGCAAGCAUGUGGUGGACAACGGUCUGGACAAGGUGGUAAAUGUGGCCUGCGUCUGCACCAAGAAGUCGAAUAUGGAGCACUCCCGCGUUGGCACUGGCAUCCUGGAGCAUCUCUUUAAGCACUCGGAGGGAACGUGUUCCGAUGUGAUAAGACUUGGAGGCCUGGAUGCCGUACUCUUCGAGUGCCGCACCAGCGAUGUGGAGACCCUGCGUCAUUGUGCCAGUGCCCUGGCGAAUCUGUCGCUAUACGGUGGCGCCGAGAACCAGGAGGAGAUGAUCCUGCGCAAAGUGCCCAUGUGGCUGUUCCCGCUGGCCUUCCACAACGACGAUAAUAUCAAGUACUAUGCGUGCCUGGCCAUUGCUGUGCUGGUGGCCAACAAGGAAAUUGAAGCCGAGGUGCUCAAGUCUGGUUGCUUGGACCUGGUGGAACCCUUUGUCACCUCCCAUGAUCCCUCCGCCUUCGCGAGAUCCAAUCUGGCCCAUGCCCAUGGGCAGAGCAAGCACUGGCUCCAGCGACUGGUGCCCGUCCUGAGUUCCAAUCGCGAGGAGGCACGCAAUCUGGCUGCCUUCCACUUCUGCAUGGAGGCGGGCAUCAAGAGGGAGCAGGGCAACACCGAUAUCUUCCGGGAGAUCAAUGCCAUCGAAGCUUUGAAAACCGUGGCCAGUUGCCCCAAUGCCAUCGCUUCCAAGUUCGCCGCUCAGGCACUGAGAUUAAUCGGGGAGACGGUGCCGCACAAGCUAUCGCAGCAGGUGCCACUGUGGUCCGUGGAGGAUGUGCAGGAGUGGGUGAAGCAGAUCGGUUUCAAUGACUACAUCGACAAGUUCCAGGAGUCCCAGGUGGACGGUGAUCUGCUGCUGAAGCUCAACCAGGACAACCUGCGCGCUGACAUUGGCAUCGGCAAUGGAAUCCUGCUGAAGCGAUUCGAGCGCGAGCUGCAAAAUCUCAAGCGCAUGGCGGACUACUCCUCCAAGGAUACGGCCAAGAUGCAUCAGUUCCUCUCGGAGAUCGGCACCGACUACUGCACAUACACGUAUGCCAUGCUGAAUGCCGGCAUUGAUAAAUGUGCCCUGCCGCAUGUCAACGAGGAUAUGUUGAUGACAGAGUGUGGCAUUCACAAUUCGAUUCAUCGGCUGCGCAUCCUGAAUGCGGUCAAGAAUUUGGAGAAUUCGCUGCCCAGCUCAUCGGAGGAGAAUAUGGCCAAGACACUGGAUGUGUUUGUUAGCUACAGGCGCUCCAAUGGAUCCCAGUUGGCCAGUCUGCUCAAGGUUCAUCUGCAGCUGCGUGGCUUCUCUGUGUUCAUUGACGUGGAGCGCCUGGAGGCGGGCAAAUUCGACAACGGACUCUUGAACAGUAUUCGGCAGGCAAAGAACUUCGUCUUAGUAUUAACUCCCGAGGCCCUGCAACGCUGCAUCAACGACGAGGACUGCAAGGACUGGGUCCAUCGUGAAAUCGUGGCCGCCCUGAACUCGAACUGCAACAUUAUACCCAUCAUGGACCAGAACUUCCUUUGGCCGGAGGCGGAGCGACUGCCGGAGGAUAUGCGCAGCGUGGCGCAUUUCAACGGGGUCAGUUGGAUCCACGACUACCAGGACGCCUGCAUCGAUAAGCUCGAAAGAUUUUUGCGCGGCGAAAAGAAUAUCGAUCGCAUUGCGGCCAUGGUGCCCGGCACGCCCGGUUCGGUCUCAUACCAAAGAAUGCACAGCAACGACUCCGACUACCAGGGCGGUGUUGGAGGCCCGGUCGGAGGUGGAGGAGCAGGAGGAUCCGGAGGUGGUGGCGGCGGCGGAGGCGGCGCAGGCAGUGUGGUGGAUGGCCUAAUGGCCACGGCCAAUGGCAGCGGACAAGCUAAUCACCAGGCAAAUAGGUACCGCCAAUCCCCCUCGCCGGCCCGCCAACGUGGCAGCACCUCGCAGCUGAGCGGCUACUCGCGCGCUCCCUCGAAGCGCUCCCAGAUCCUGCCCCCCUAUCGGACCCAGCAGGCCGCCCUGCUCCACAAGUCCGGAGCAGGUUCGGCUUCCAUGCAGAACAUGACGCCGUUGACGUAUCUGCCUCCCAGGCGGAGCUCGGCGGCAGGACUGGGUCAUGGAUCCGGUUCCGGGAUGAGCAAUGGCUAUCGAUCGCACAGCGUGGAUGGAUUGCUGGAUCAGGCGGGCUCGGUGACAGCGACUCCUGAGCAGAGGAUAGCAGCCGUAGCGGCAAUGGUCACAGCGGGAAGUACAGCUCUAACGAAUGCCAGUUCCACGUGCACCCUGCAACCGGAGGAGGAGGAAACGGAUGGUGCCAUCGAGCCGGUGACCCGACGGGACAAACAUAGCUUGGCCACUCCGGCGAACGUGCAGCAGCACAGGAAAUCACGAAGUCUGGACCACAUCCUCAGCAAGCAAACUCUAGCAGAGCUACUGCCUCCCCCUGGAGAACCAUCAGAGGGUACGCAGAGUAUGCAGAACCUGGCCAUUCCAAUGACGCCGCAACCCCAGCGAAGGGAUACCUCCUCCUCAUCCAAGUCGCCCACACCAGAGCGACCGCCGCAGCCGGCGAGGGAGAGAGCGAGGGAGCGUCAGAGUCCCGAUGGAGUGAGUGCGACGGAGAGCGAGCGGGAGGAUCAGUCGGAUGGAUGCCUGCGGCAUGGCAAUCAACAGAGGGCCUCGGCCUCAGUGCAUCGGGGAGCCAGCUUGACCAGCAACAAGACCUCCAAUUCGUCCCUCGGCUCCAACUACAGUGCCGGGGGAACCGGCAACAACAAGACGAUCUUCAAUCGAACGAUGAAGAAGGUCCGCUCGCUGAUGAAAAAGUAAGCCAUAACGAGGAGGCGAUGGGACGAGAAGGACCAGGACUCGCUGACCCAACUCGUCGCCCGUCACUCGCUGUCUGCUUCAACUGAAUUACAGUCACAUUUUCACGAACUGAUUUCAAUUCGGUCUAGUUUUUUAUAAACAAAAAACAAAUUCUUCAACAAAAUAUUAGAUCACAGAGAAAUCAGUUCGUGAAAAAUGUGACUUUACUCGCUCACUAAAUGCCUGUUAACCUGUUACUUGCCACUCGCUGCAUUUGUGCCAUCUAAAAAGAAUCUCACCUGCUCACUCACUCAUCCGUCCAAUAAGCCCCUGGAUUCCCAAUCAAAACCCCCUAUAUACCUCUAUCUCUCUAUAUCCCAUCGCUGUCCAUUUUUAUCUUUAUCUCUCUGGUGUUGGUACUCGCUCGCUAUAUUUUACUCGCCACUCGUUGAUCCGACUCGUUACGCCAAGCAUCCACUAAAGCACUCGCCUGCGUUGCCCAAAAUGGCUAAAAAAAACGAAAAUAGAACGACGCCCGCGCCUCCCUCCUUUCUGUCUCUUUAAAACUCUAUUUGCCUUGUGAUUAGUUGUUGAUUUUGAAAAACAAUACUUUUUUUAAUUACAAAAGAAUAAGCGAAUUUAAACUACAAAAACUAAUUUAUGGAAAACAAGAACAAUUAACGACUGCAUAACUACGAAACCUAAUUUAUAGAACACAAAACUAAUUUAAAAAAUCCCACAAGAAACAAAAAAAGUUACAUACAUUGGAAAUCGAAACAAAAAGGAAACAAAAAACACAAUUUAUAUAUUUAAUAUGCUAUUUAUAAUUAAUAUAUUUAAAAUUUGUACAUUUCUCGCGUAUGCAAUUUGUUCUUGUAACCGUCCGCAAGCGUAAAUUAGAAACAGCAAUGUUUGAAAUUAACCCAAUUGUGUGGCUUAAAACGAAAAUAUUUAAGUGAUAUUUAAACUACGUAUAAUCGAAAUUUACUUAAUGCAUACAUUUUUACAACAACAGAUGCUGUACAAAAAAACCUAAUUUUUAGCGCAGGAGUUUUUAAGGCAUAAUUUUAUUGAUUUUUGCAAUAUAUAUUUUUAAUAUUUAACUAGUGCCUAAACAGUUGAAAACGAAACAUACAAAAAACAAAA